GUUGCUAAUGACGCUUUCCCCAUUUUGAUGACGAUGAAUCGGAGUUUUCUACAUUAAGAACCGUGUCUUUGUGUUUCCCUGGACCUUUAUACAUAUACAUAUAUACAUAAAAAAAAAUGCUUGUUCGUAUUUUAGAAAUCGUAUUCUUUUUUUAUUUUGCCACACACAUUCCCAUUACCCUCUUCAUUGAUCUACAAGCACUACUUCCAGAACAGUGGUAUCCUCAACCAUUUAAAGAUGUACUGCACUGGUAUGCAGCUGAAUUCAGAGACCCCAUGAUGCUGCAGCCUCCUGAUUGGUUUAAAUCGUUCAUAGUUUGUGAAGCACUUGUUCAGUUGCCUUUCUUCCCCAUCGCUGCCUACGCCUUUUUAAAAGGUAACUGUAAGUGGAUCAGGACCCCAGCAAUCAUAUACUCGGCACACGUAGCCACCACUUUAAUCCCCAUCCUCACCCACAUCUUAUUCCAUAACUUCCCAAAGGCACCUCUUCCUGGUCCGCAAACUUCCAAGGAGCGAUGGACACUGGUGUGUGUUUAUGCCCCAUACCUCCUCAUUCCUAUCCUAAUGCUCCUCACCAUGCUCUUCAGCUCCACAUAUAAUCCUCCGUCUCCAAGUGCCAAGGCUUCAUCCAAGACCAAGAAGCUGAAAUAAAAUCUUUGGGUUUCAUUACCUGAUUUAGAUUCUUUAAUGUGCCUUAAGUGGAAUGUUGAAUUGUUCUGAAUAUUAUUUCUUUUGAAGAACAAAUGUGUCCAGAAUAAAAUAUUGUUGAUGAGUU